AUGGCCUCCUUCAACACAAAUGUUGAUCAUAGUGAAAACCGAGCAACGAAUAUGAAUGUCAUUGGUUGGUUCUUCACCGGCGUUGCAAUCGCAGCAGUUUCCUUGAAGCUAUUUGCCCGAAUUGGUAGCAAGCGGUUUGGCUGGGAUGAUUUUUUGAUUUUUUUAUCGAUGGCUCUCAGCAUCAUUGCCAUGGCACUCGUUUCUUAUUCGGCCACUCUUGGUCUAGGUCGGCACACUGCAACUGUAGUUGCUGAAUAUGGCAUUGAGAGAUACGAAAAAUCAGCCUACUGGCAGAUUAUUGGAUUUCCUUUCAACAUUGGUAUGUUUACCCACUCAAUGGAGAAAAUCAAGUACUAA